GAAGGGCAUAUCAAGAAAGAUUGUAAGGAACUCAAAGAUUCAAUAGAAGCUAAACGUCUCUUUAGAAAAGCUAGAUCUAAAAUAAAGAGGGAAAAAACACAAAAAUCAGAGACUACAAAAAUUAGCUUUAGCCCUAGCAAUCUAUACAAAACCAAUAUAGAAGAA